UCAUACUCGACGGCGAACGCACUGUUCGCCAGCCGAGCGGUGGAGGCCCUGAAGAGGCUGAAGGCGAAGGAGAAGGAGGGCGAGGAGCGCAUCCCCUUGGUCUGGAUCCACGAUUAUCACCUCAUGCUCGCUGCUAAUCACAUCCGGCAGCAAUGCGAAGAAGAGAAUCUGAAAUGCAAGUUGGGAUUCUUCCUCCACAUUCCCUUCCCACCGUGGGACAUCUUCCGUCUCUUCCCCUGGGACGACGAGGUCCUUCAAGGAAUCCUCGGAUGCGACAUGGUGGGAUUCCACAUCGAGGACUACUGUCGGAACUUCCUGGACUGCUGCCAGCGGCGACUGGGUUUCCGAGUGGACCGGGUCCACAACCUGGUUGACGUGGCAGGGAGGACGGUGAAGGUCCGGGCUCUGCCGAUCGGGAUCCCGUACAAGCGGUUCGAGGAUAUGGCCAACGCGGCGCCCAGGGCGCUGCAGUCCUCCCAGCAGAUCAUCCUCGGAGUCGACAGACUCGACUAUACCAAGGGACUCAUAAACAGGAUCCGAUCCUUAGAGAGGCUGCUGGAGAAGCAUCCCGAGCACCUGGGGAAGGUGACGCUGCUGCAGGUGGCCGUCCCUUCCCGGACGGACGUGAAGGAGUACCAGCAGCUGAAGGAGCAGAUGGACCUAGACAUCGGACGCAUUAACGGACGCUUCUCCACGCUCAAUUGGUCCCCCAUCCAGUACAUCUAUGGAUGCAUUUCCCAGGAUGAUCUUGCCGCCUACUACAGGGAUUCGUCUGUGGCACUGGUGACUCCUCUUCGAGAUGGAAUGAACCUGGUGGCGAAGGAAUACGUGGCCUGUCAGGUGGAUAAGCCAGGCGUGCUGAUCCUGUCUCCCUUCGCGGGAGCCGGGGAGACGAUGCACGAGGCCCUGCUCGUGAUGGAUUCCUCUGUGGCACUGGUGACCCCUCUUCGAGACGGAAUGAACCUGGUGGCGAAGGAAUACGUGGCCUGUCAGGUGGAUAAGCCAGGCGUGCUGAUCCUGUCUCCCUUCGCGGGAGCCGGGGAGACGAUGCACGAAGCCCUGCUCGUGAAUCCCUACGAACUGGACGACGUGGCGGACACCCUCCAUCGGGCCCUCACCAUGCCCAUUGAUGAGCGGGAGAUGCGCAUGUGUCACCUGAAGAAGCGGGAGCAGACCAUGAAUCUGGAUUUCUGGCUCAGCUCUUUCCUCAAGGCGAUGGGGAGCCUUGACCCCGCGGAAGGGCGGAAGGAGUCGAUGACAACGAAGACCCUGGGCCCCAUGACAACGGAGGACUUCGAUGAAUUCCUCAGCAAAUACAUCGGAGACACGGCCAAGAUAGCCCUCCUCUUGGACUACGACGGAACGCUGGCCCCCAUCGCUCCCAAGCCGGAGAUCGCCUUCAUGCCGGCAGAGACGAAGAACGUCCUCGUCCGGCUGAGCAACAGCAGCGACGUUGCCAUCGCCAUCGUAUCCGGGCGAAGCCUGGAAGACGUGCGGAAGAUGGUCGGGAUCGAUGGAAUCACCUACGCCGGGAAUCACGGCCUGGAGAUCCUCCACCCAGACGGGAGCAAGUUCGUCCACCCGGUCCCCGAGGAGUAUCACGAGAAGAUGAAAACAAUGUGUCGAGAGCUGCAGGACGAGUGCUGCAAGGACGGUGCCUGGAUCGAGCACAAGGGUCCAAUCAUUACUUAUCACUUCCGCGCUGUCCCGAUCCAGCUCAGAAGUGCAUUCAAGCAGAGGGCGAACGCUAUCAUCUCCAAGAACGGCUUCAAGGCCCAUCCGGCUCACUGCGCCAUCGAAGCCAGGCCACCUGUCCAAUGGGAUAAAGUAAGACUUUUUGCUGCUUUCCACUAA